AUGACUAGCUAUGUGUACUGUAUUGUGGAAAACCUAAAGGGAGAAGAAUUUAGAAAAGAUUUUAAAGAACUUUCCACAGUGCGCACUUAUUUUCCAAAAGCAUCUAUGUUAGCCCUUACUGCAACUGCCUCACCUCAUCAUAUAACAAGUUUAGUGAAGUCAUUGAAUAUGUCAACAGCAAAAGUUAUCAGAGUAAAUCCCAACCGCAAAAACAUAUUUCUUGACAAAAAGAUCCGCAAAAGUAAUGCUUCUGGAUUCGAAAGCUAUGAGAAUAUAUUGUUACCUAUAGCAAAUUCAUUAAAUUCAACAAAAGCUAUGAAACAAAUUAUCAUAAAGGAAAUUUCUAAGAAGAACUCACGGAUCAGAGUUAUCUUUGCUACCACUGCGCUCGGAAUGGGUGUUAAUAUUCCACAUGUAGAAAAUGUUUACCACAUUACCCCACCCAGCAAUCUUGAAGCUUAUGUUCAAGAAAUAGGACGAGCUGGCAGAAGUGAGCAACCUGCAACAGCUAUUUUGUUUUACAAUAAUUCCGAUGUUUCGGCAAAUAAAACAAAUGUGGAUAAAAAUAUGAAAUUGUACUGCCAGACAUCAACUUGCCUAAGGGAGCAUAUUCAAAAACAUUUUGGUUUCAAGCACGAACUUCAAGAAAAAUGUUGUUCAAUCUGUGAAAAAGUGGAAUUGGUAGAAAAACCAACCACUGUAAGAACUCGUUUAACAGCAAAAUUAAGAAAUGAAUUAAAUAAGGAACUAUGUAUGGCCCUAUCCAACAUUAGUGAAGAAAAUUCGAUAUUUUUGUUUGGGACUCCCAAAGAGCUUGCCGCUGACAUUUGUUACACAAGCUCACAAUCAAACACAGGUGCCCCUGAUUUAUCCAUGUUAGAUGAGAACAUUGCUAAAGAAGUUCAAAAUAUUUUGUCAAAGUAUUUUUGA